GAUCCGCAUCUGCAAGAACACAUACUACUUAAGUACUUACUAGGCCAUCGACCCCGAAAACACAUCAACCGUCUCCUCAGCACUUCCAUUCCGUCAAGAUGGGACGGGAUCUGCGCGCUGUAUUCUUAUCAUUACCUAUGUUCUAGUCUCGCACUCUUUACCUUACUGCAUUGCAUUCCUCCCCAUUUCCGCCUAUCCAUUUUGAGAACCAUUCGGCCCACUUCAUGCCCACGAGGCAGACGAUGACCUCGCGAUAUCAUCACACGGCGCGUGCCCAUUCAGUGAGCAGCACCUCGACGGCGACGACGGUUGCGGCGCAUAAUACUACUUUCAAUCCACCUCCAGAAGCAGUAGUGCCGCGCGCUCCAGCUCCGAUUCAACAUUCGGCGAAGUCCAAGAUGGGCCCGACCUCUGUUCGUCGAAACCUUUUCCACCAUCAUCUCAGUCGACGACCAGCGUCUACGGCGUCAGCUCCACCGAUAGAAGAAGGGCACGAGGUCACCGGAAGGCCACAUGUGACAAGAACAGCUUCGACGGUCGAAUUGGCAGGAUCGUCUUCUUUGGGUGCAGGGCCUGUGGACAAUGGAGACAUCGUGGUCAAGGACAAGAACGGUGGCUACAGACUUGAUAUACCCGUCCUCUCGCCGACGAUGACCGGCGAGGACGGCGACGAAGUCCCAAUGGAGGGAGUGGAAGAAGGGAGACCUAGUGGAGGGUCCGGUGGCACUGGCGUCAGCUCAGUUGGCGAUGCGGAUAUCAGCGGCCGGGAGAAAGAAAAGAUUGAAGCCAGUCUGGUCGAAAUGAUGUAUCGAAAUCGGAGCCGGCAGAUCAGCGGUGAACCUGCCGAAAUUCUCAAUCUCAUCCAUCAGAGUCUCCGGAACAAGGUCGCGGCUCUGGACGACGACAAUUGGAUGUAUGAGCCAGAAGAUGAGAGACAAAUAUAAGUAUCUCGGUCCCUACUAUCGACAAGAUCUGGCGCCAAUAUGACCUGAAGCGUUGUGCCGAUGAUUGU